UAGUAGCCCAACUCAACCCGCAAACAAAUUGUAAAUUUCGCAGGCGACAACAGAAGCAGCAUGAGCGAGCAACAACGUGUCUCGAACAUCUUCCAAGAUUAGCUCAAUGGCUCUGGGGGAGUGAUAACUCGGCCUGAGAUAAUAUUUUGAUAAAAUAUUUGGCACAACCUGCCGGAACGUCACUAUUUUGGGCGAGGGCCUGGGGAAGUCUGUCUGGAUCCGACUGUCCCCCGAUACAGUUAAGAUCCGCGGCCACCGGACCACAUCAUGCCACUCGAUCCGCGACCGUCCACGCGCCAGGUUGUUUUCUAGAUCCGAUCCCCAAGCAAUUAGCUAAUUGCCCGCGAAAGAUCUGGCGAAAAUUAAGAGACAUUGUGAGCGACUGCGAAAGUGCCGACUUGGGAUAUAGUCGCAGUGCGCAGUGCAUGUGUGUGUGAGUUCGGUGCCCCAAAGCGAAAGGUAUCAAUGUGCUGAGUGCGACCGCGACCCAAGUAAAGACAAUCAGGAUGGUGCAGAGCGAGAAUCCCAGUAGCCUGGGACCCGAGGAGCAGGAUGUCAAGACUGGCGGCCCAGAGGUUCGCGAUGAAUCCGACGUUGAGUCCAGGCUUCUGGACAACGGCAAGACCUGCGACAAGGAGAAGGAGGCGGGCAUCAAUCUGGGCGAGGAGGAACCCACUCCCAAGACAGCCAAGCCCAAGAAGAAGAAACAGAAAUCCGCACAGGAUCGCCUCAUGACCGCGGAAAUUAACAAGCUGCUGAGGGAAUCGCCGCUGGAGAAGAACGUGACUUGCGGCUUUUGGAUAUUCAAGGGGAAGUUCUACCAGCGCUUUGCCAAUCAAACAGCUUAUGUUUUGCUAUACGGCAUCGUGGGCUGUAUCUUUUCGAUGACAUAUGCAUACUUUAAUGGCACCAUCACCACCAUAGAAAAGCGUUUUAAGAUACCCUCGAAGAACACCGGCAUUAUAUCGGUUGGAAAUGACAUAAGUCAGACUUUGGUGUCUGCCGUUUUAGCCUACUAUGCGGGAAAAGGUCAUCGGCCGAGAUGGAUUGGAUUUGGUCUUCUCACCAUCGUUCUCUUCUGCGUUCUGACCACCGCACCACAUUUCCUCUACGGACCCGGCGAGGAUGCACUGGCUCUGACCUCGGAGUUUGGCGGGAUGCCGGAUGAGAAUGCCACCAUGGAGGCCAUCGAGGAGGAGCGAUCGAAGACCCUGUGCCGCUUGAGUGGAGGAGGAGCGGAGUGCGAGGUCGGCGAAGGAAACUUCGCCCCACAACUCCUGCUCUUUGUGGCUCAGUUCAUAUCUGGAAUCGGGGGAUCCCUGUACUACACUCUGGGUGUGUCCUACAUGGACGACAACACUAAGAAGUCCAAGACUCCGGCCUUGCUGAGUCUUUCGUACUUCCUGCGCAUGCUGGGUCCUGCCAUCGGAUACGCCUUGGCCUCCUUCUGCCUGCGCCUGUACAUCGCCCCGCAGAUGCAUCCGGUGAUCAACAACAAGGAUCCUCGCUGGCUGGGCGCCUGGUGGCUGGGAUGGCUGGUGAUGGGCGGCCUGCUCUCCUUCUCCGGGGUCUUCCUCUCCAUGUUUCCCAAGGAGCUGCCCAGAGCAGUGGCCCGCCGGAAGGUGGAGGAGAAUCGCCGGCGUGAGAAGGAGCGGCUUUCGUUGAAGAAGACGGAGAUGGAGCGACUAACAGCCGAACUGGACCAAAAGGCACCUGUGGAGGCGACGGCCUCCUUCCAGGACAUGCUGAAGACCUUCCGCCGCCUGGUCACCAACAAGACGUACAUGUGCAACACUCUGUCGAGCAUCUUCUACCUGGUGGGCUACACACCCUACUGGAUAUUCACGCCCAAGUACAUCGAGGUGCAGUACCGCCAGUCGGCGGCCACCUCCUCCAUGGUCACCGGAACAGUGGCCCUGGCCUUCUCCGCCGUGGGAGUGCUCCUAUCCGGUUUCAUCAUCUCGAGGUAUAAGCCCAGGGCCCGAUACAUGGCCGCCUGGAACGUGAUUGUGGGCUUCCUCACGGUGGCCGGCAUCCUGGCCUACGCCUUCAUCGGCUGCCCGGGAAAUGAGAGUUCCGUGAUCGUCAACAUCCACGACAGUUCCCUCGGCGACAACACCACCACCUGCAAUUCGGCCUGCUCCUGCGACUACGUUCGCUAUUCUCCGGUUUGCGGGGAGAACAAAAUGACCUACAUCUCCGCCUGCCACGCUGGAUGCAAAAGCUUGCACGUCAAUUCCGAAGGAAAAAAGAUCUUCUACGAUUGCUCCUGUAUUCCUGGCACUGCUGCCAAUUCCACAAGUCAAUUCAAGCGCCUAACCAGCUUAGAUUUGAGUAGCGAUAACUUCAGCCAGGACACUUCGGUUCUUACCCAAUUGGAGGAUCUAGCCAAUGGGCAGGCGAUGCCCGGAGCCUGUCCGGUGAACUGCUGGACGCAAUUCGUGGCCUUCUUGGCCGUGAUGUGCUGCCUGAAGUUCGUGGGCGCCAGUGGCAGGGCCUCCAAUUUCCUGGUGUCCGUGCGAUGUGUUCCAGAGAAGGACAAGACGGCGGCCAUGGGCUUCGGGAUGACCCUGUGCUCGAUGCUGGCCUUCAUUCCCAGUCCGAUAUUCUUCGGCUGGGUCUUCGAUAGGGUCUGCCUGGUGUGGGGCAAGACCUGCACAAACAAGGGAAACUGCUGGCUCUACGAUCCGCUCUCCAUGAGAUACACCCUGAACUUCACCGCAGCUGUCUUUAUUGCCAUUGGGGCCAUUUUCGAUCUGGGGGUCUGGUACUACGCCAAGGACCUGAAAAUCUUCGACGAGGAAGUCAAGGAGUUGGAGAUGAAGAUCGUCCAGCAAGAGGAGGAGGCCAGCAACGAGAAGAAUACAGAGAUCUAGACCUAAGUUAUUAUUACGCCUAAGUGCUGUGUGAGUGAGAGUUUUGGUGCCUUGAUUUGUCAAUAUCCAAGUGUGAUUUCCCCCAUAGAGUCCAGUACCAUAAUAAACGGUAUUGUAACAGUAA